GGUGGCGGAGCCCAGCGGCCGGCGCCAUGCCCGCCAAGAAGUCGUUCCGUCGGCGGAGGGAGGACUCGGAAGAGGAGGAGGAGGACGAGCAGGUCGCGGAGGAGGUCAGGUUAAAACUUGAGGAAACCAAAGAAGUUCAGAGCCUCAGAAAGCGACCCAAUGGGGUGAGCGCCGUAGCUCUGCUUGUGGGAGAAAAGUUGCAAGAAGAAGCAACACUUGUGGAUGACCCAUUUAAGAUAAAAUCUGGGGGAAUGGUGGACAUGAAGAAGCUGAAAGAAAGAGGCAAGGACAGGAUCAAUGAAGAGGAAGAUCUAAACUUGGGAACUUCCUUCUCCGCGGAAACCAACAGGCGGGAUGAAGAUGCUGACAUGAUGAAGUACAUUGAGACAGAGCUGAAGAAGAGAAAGGGAAUUGUGGAGAACGAGGAGCAGAAGGUGAAGCUAAAAAAUGCUGAGGACUCUCUGUACGAGCUGCCAGAGAACAUCCGUGUCUCCUCUGCCAAAAAGACUGAGGAGAUGCUGUCCAACCAGAUGCUGAGCGGCAUUCCCGAAGUGGACCUGGGAAUUGACGCAAAAAUCAAAAACAUCAUCUCAACUGAAGAGGCCAAGGCCAAGCUGCUGGCAGAGCAGCAGAACAAAAAGAAAGACAGCGAAACUUCUUUUGUUCCCACCAACAUGGCUGUUAACUACGUCCAGCACAACAGAUUUUAUCAUGAGGAGCUCAAUGCACCAGUGCGAAGGAACAAAGAAGAGCCAAAGCCCCGUCCGCUGCGAGUGGGGGACACGGAGAGGCCAGAACCUGAGCGGUCUCCUCCAAAUCGCAAGCGUCCUCUCAAUGAAAAAGCUACAGAUGAUUAUCACUAUGAGAAAUUCAAGAAGAUGAAUAGGCGAUACUGAUAAGGAUGGACUGAACUCUUUGCAGUUGCUCUUAUUUUCCACCAAUAAAGAAUUUUGUGUCGGUGACCUGAAAC